AAUAAAUCGGCUGGGUCACAUUUGCCACGUACAAGGCUGGGACCGAAGCACGAAAGGGCCAUACGGUAGUGGGAGGAUAGGAAUGAGGGUGCCCGCUUGCCCGCGCGCCAAGGCCGGCCUGCAGGCUGCAGUUCCCUGUGGGCCACAUUAUGCGCUACCUGAAGAAGGGCAAUACGCCGAGCGCAUCGGUGCCGGCGCGCCCGUGUACCUGGCCGCCGUGCUGGGGUACUUGACCGCUGAGGUGCUGGAGCUCGCCGGCAACGCCGCCCCCGACAACAAGAAGAACCGCAUUGUGCCUCGCCACAUCCAGCUGGCCAUCCGCAACGACGAGGAGCUGGGCAAGCUGCUGGGCGAGGGCGGCAAGCGCAGCGCGGAGGCCGCCUGAAGCGCUGGUCCUCGUACCAUAUAUUCA